CAUUCUGGCAACGUCUGAAAACGUAACAGUGUGUUUUUCAUCAGUGCGUAAGCAGGUAUAAGGUUGUGUUUUGAUUACAGUGUUCAAAAUCAGCUAUGAAAAUAACAGUAACAACGUUAACGGAUGUACUUGUCACAAUAGAAGUGAGCCCGGAUAUGGAAUUAGAGAAUUUUAAAGCAUUAUGUGAAUGUGAGGUCGGGUUACCAUCCCAAGAAAUGGUCAUAACUCACGAGGGUCGCCCUCUCCUUGAUAAUAAAAAGGAUUUACGGUCUUAUGGAAUUAAAGAAGGUGAUGUACUCUUGAUUCAACAAAUGCUUCUUCAGCCUCCUUCAAAUCAACUCCCUGAUUUAGGAAUAGAUUUCAGUUCCAUCCAGUUACCGGGAAGUGUAGCUUCUCCCCAGGUAACACCAACUACUCCAACACAGAAUGUAUCAUCUCCCACACAUGCUCGAAGCGAUGAGGUAGAACGUCUUAUGCAGGCUUUAAGAAAUAAUCCUGCUCAGUUAACUCUUCUGAAGCAAAACAAUCCCCGACUGGCUGAUGCAUUCUUAUCAGGGAAUAAAGAGUUAUUUGGGGAAGUUUUAAAUAUCCAGCUUGCUGAAAAAUCAGAACGGGAGAUGAAGCGUAUCCAGAUUAUGAAUGCUGACCCUUUCGAUCCUGAAGCUCAGCGCUUGAUAGCAGAGGAGAUCAGACAGGACAACGUUGAUUCGAACAUGGAAGCAGCAAUUGAAUAUCAUCCUGAAAGCUUCGGCCAAGUGACUAUGCUGUAUAUUAAUUGUAAAGUGAAUGGUCAUCCAGUCAGAGCUUUUAUUGACAGUGGUGCUCAGACAACUAUCAUGAGCCAGGCAUGUGCUGAAAGGUGUGGUAUUAUGCGACUUGUAGAUAAGAGAUGGGCUGGAUAUGCUAAAGGCGUGGGCAUUCAGAAAAUACUUGGCCGAGUUCAUUUGGGCCACAUUCAAAUUAAUGAUGUGUUUUUACAGUCAUCUUUCUCAAUUUUAGAAGAACAAGUAAUGGAUAUGCUAUUAGGUUUAGAUAUGUUAAAACGACAUCAGUGUUGCAUUGACUUAAAAAGAAAUGUUUUAGUAAUAGGAACAACAGGCACUGAAACUCCAUUUCUAAGUGAAGGAGAUCUUCCUAGGAGUGUUUUAACUGAACCUGUAGUACCUGGUGAAAUGGAUACUAGUCCACCUGGCAUUUCAAGUAGUAAUAAUCAAACAAAAGGAAGUUAAUUAUGCAUAUAUCAUAUAUGUUUUAUAGUUUAUUUGAUACUGUAAAAUGAUAUUUUGAAAGAUUAAUCAUACCAAAAAUCAAGAUCAAAUAAGUGGUUUCAUAUUUUAAAACAUCAGUAAUUUUAUUUGUAUGCAUUAUGAAUUUAUAUUAAUAUCAUCUCGUGAACUUACUUUCUAUAUCAUAUUCAUAUAAAAUGUGUGGUUUUUUUUCCUUUACUGGUAAGAUCUGUAUUAGAGAGAAUAAACUCAGUGUAAUAUUUACUUCUGAAAGUUAUAGUAUUUACACUGAAGCUUACUUGUGAUACAUUUAAGUCAUCUAUACAUAUGUGAACAAUUUACAAUUGCUUUAGCACAAUUUUGCUCAAGAUAUUUUGUAAUUUGAAGAAUUUGCUUAAUGUAACUUUGAAAAUUACUAUCAAUUGUACAAAUGUUUUCAAGCUGCUUUUCCAGUUUUUUAAUAAGACAUUUUUGUUGCUAGUAACUUCAAUGCAUAAAAUGUCAUUUAUGAAAAUGACUUUUUACUAAAACUGAAUUAUUUUUAUUAUAUUAAUUAUAUGAAUGUUUUCAGAAUACAGCAUAUUAUAUAUAUUAAAACUCUGAAAUGCUAUGAAUGUACUAUACAGUUUUGAGUAUUCAGAGUACUAAAAUGUAUUGAAUGUCAUUUACUGCUUUACUUUAAAAUAAGACCUUCCAUACAUACACUUUAGGAUAACUUGAGAAAUAAAAAUGAAUAUUAAAUAAGAGCAUAAUUCUAAUUAGAAUAAAAGGACACAAGCUAAUUAAACCAAAAUAUCUUACUAUGAUAACUGCCAACUGUCCCAGUAGGUCAUUUGAAUCUUCCAGUUUUUAAUUUUUACCCUUUUACCAAGGAAAAUGGUUCUUUUGAAUUAAUGAUACUUAAAAUAGGCAAAUUUCACUCUUUCACCUGUAAUGAUUUUCAUAGUAAAUUUUAAUUCAUCUGAAUAUUUUUUCUUGUUACAUUUUAUUGUAAUGCAAUUGUAAUUUUUAUGCAAAGAUUCAGGCAAUGUUUAAUCAAUUAAUAUUUGUAUAUAAUUUUGUUUACCUCUAUAUGUGGGAUAUCAUUAAAUUUAUCCACAUGAAUACUAUGAACUUUAAUUAUUAUUUUCAUCAUAAUUUGAUAAAUUAAAGUUUCCUUUCACUGCUUAGAAUUUACUUGGCAUAAAAAUAUAAGAAAAUUACAAAAUGAAAUUAACCAAAGAACAUAAAAUUUAGAAUAUCCAAUUAAAUGCUAAUAUUUCACAUCAGAAAUGAAUUAACAAUAUUUUAAUAACUUGGAGCAUGCAUUAUUAAUUGAAUUAAUAAUAAUAAGUUUGCAGUUCCUUUGAAAUUGUAUUGCUGUGCAACAUGAAGUACAGCUUCCUACCUUUUAAGAUUUCAAGUUUGGGAUAUGUGAUAUAGAAAUAAAAUUUAGGAAAAGUUAGUAAUAUAUUUUUAUCUAUGUUUUCAGAGCCUGUGACCAAUUUGAUAAAUGAAAGCCUAAACUGAACUUACUUAGUUAAAUAUGGCUAUUAUAAUUAGUGAAAGUUAAGCAAUUGAUGUGUAUAGUAACAUGUACAGUUUGUUUGGUAUUUAAACAGUUUAAUUAUUCUGUGAAUUAUGAUAGUUAAAUUCCCUUUUCUUAAUUGUUAUUAAUUUUAAUAAAGUAUGCAUUUACGAGAACCAAUCCAAAUUUUAAAACAAAACUACUGCAGAAAAAAAAAGGAGUCUUAUUUUCCAAUAAAUAAGGUAUAUAUUAUUCAAAUGCUUGAGUUAUUUUUUAAGAUAUGCUUUUACCUCAGAUUGAACAUCAUGAAUUUUUAAUUAUUAUUUUUUUUUUUAGGUAGACAAAUAUGAAAAUAAACUGUAGCAUAUGCCUUCCCCCUUCUUUCUUUAGAUUUGAGUAUAAAACUAGUUUAUUUUCUUAUAUUUAAUGCUAUUUAUAAGCAUCUAUCAGUUAUAAAAUGAUAUGCCUCAAUAAUUAUAUCAUUUAUCAUAUAAUGGUACUUGUCAUCUGUAGCGGUCUUUAUAAGAAAGUGGAUUUGGCACAUUUCUUCACGCUGAACUAUGACCCCCCCCCCAGAAAUAAUCUUUAAAAAAAUAAUUUUUUUGGUAUGCUUUUGUGUUUUUUUAGUAAAUGGCUAACAAAAUUUUAAAAAAUAACAAAUAGAAUUUUCCAUUAUAUUUAAUAAUAAAUAAAAUUUCUAGCAUGUUUAUAUAUGUUGUUAUUUUAAAUAACUUGCUUGCAUAAUUGUACUAAAUACAAUAACUAAUGUAUAUCUUUAAUAAGGGUACUUACAUGCUAUUGCAACCACCUUAGUAGAAGUCACCAAAUUUUCAGAAUGUGCCGAACUCUGGCAACCAUGUUCAUAAUAAUACUUCAGUCAAGCAGCUUCUUUUUGUUCAUGAUAUUAACUCAAUUUUAUCAAAUUUCAAAGUAUCACUUGCAGAAUUUGCCAGUGAUGCAGGAAAUUAAAUUAAAAUUUCUGGAGGAAUUUAAUAUUUUUCCACAAAAUCUCGAAAAGGAAAAAUGAGAUGCCCUUGAUUGAUAACUGGUGUGCAGUGCUGAGUUUAUGCAAGUCUCUUAUCUAUUUUUAAAUGAAAACAGAUCAAUAUGUAUAUGGGAUGAAGAAGAUGUCUAAAAAUUAGAGGAGGAAUUUUCAAAAAAAGUUUGUGUUUUAUUUUUUAAUGUACCAUAUAAUCCUUAUUUAUUAAUUAAAAUUUGCAUUUUAAAUUUUUAGAGUGUGUUUUCUUUUGAUAUGUUGAUAGUGUUUGGAGACUUAUAAUAAAUAUUGAUAGCUUGCUUUUUUUUUUUUUUUUUUUUAAUGACAAAAUUGCCACCUUGCACUUGAUUUUAACUUUUCAAUCUAUAAAAAAUAAUAACCAUAUUGUGCCAAAGUUGUUCCGUUAAUAUAUAAGUACCUAAAUAAGUUCUGCUGAAUUAUACUGUUAUUUUAAAUAAACUGUUGAUAAGAUUAUAUUAAAUGUGAUAAUAAAUAUGAGUUUAUAAUUAAAUUCCUUCUAUAUAUCUGUAGCACGAAAGGCCAAUUUAUCGUUUGUUGCAGUCAAUUUCAUUUUCAUGGAUGCUUUUAUAAUAUUUGGCAACAAAUCACAUUUUCCUAACCCUCUGACCGGCAUUAUAUGAGCAGCUGCUUGUAUAAUUAUAGGCAAGUCCUCAUAAUUACCUGGGGCUUAGGAUCCCAUGUUUUAAAGUUUCAUGGUCUCAAAUUCUAAUCCUAUUAUUUUCUUUCAGAACAAUGAGGGAAAAAAAGAAGUAUAAAAAGUGUGACUAAUUAAGUGAAAUAUUAUGGGUGGGAAUCAUAUCUUUACAAUGAUUUGUUAGCUGAGGAAGUAACUAUUAUGGUAAUCAAUGUGAGGAAAAUAUAUUGAGCUGUCUAAUCAUUUAAUGCAUUUUAAGAGUAAUAAUAUUAAUAAAUAUAUCUUUUAUUUAACACAUAGCAUUGAAUUAAAAAUCUUCAAAUUGUACAUCUUGCCUGUUAAAAUUUAUUUUGUCUGAAAUUGUAUUAAGAAUCAUUCUAUAACAAAAUUUUAAUUAUUAGCUUUGUUUUUUCUUCCUUCUAGGGCAAGUAAAAUUAAACUUUCUAAUUUUUUUAUUUUAAAAAUACUGCAGUACAUAUUUUCAAGAAGCUGUUAAAUUAAUUUAGAUGAAUGUGUUUAUUAAUUUAGAUAAAUGUGUUUGAUGUAUAAAUUGCCUUCAGUGUUCAGGAAAUAAGAGUCCAUAAACAAUGUCUGCUUAUAAAUGCUUUUCCGUGGUCCAUUUUGACAUUUUCAUCGAAAUGGUAAGUUCUUUUAAGCUGUAAUUACAAAACUUUAAUAACAUGCAAAGAAGAAUAAAAAGUUUUUUAUUUCCGAUUUUGAAUGUAAGUCUGAAAUAAUUCCAUAAGAAAUUAUCAUAUUGAAAAAAUCCAAAAGAAGAUAAAAUUAAGAAAGGCUUUGCAACUCAAUAAAAUUUUGUUGAACAUCCAAUAGAAUGAUAAAAGAUAACACUCAGAAUGCAAAAUGAAAGAUGGUUUGAAAGCACUGCAGUAGACUUCCUCUUAUCUAGUCCAUUAUAAUAGACUGAACUUUUAUUAAGAAUUUUUUCUACAAAUAAACUUUAUGUAAUUACUUCUAGGAAAAUAUUUCAGAAGUAACGUAAACCAUUACAGGAUCAUUUUUUAUACAUCAUUCAGGAAAUGAAUUAAAAUAUAGGCAUUGCUUAGCAUACUUUUCGAAACUCUCAAAUUUAUUCUUCAGUUGGUGAUUAUGUAUUUUUUAUAAUAGUUGUUAUGUAUACACAUUAGUUUUUUUUAUUUGCCUCUUUUAAUUUACAUUAAUUUGAAUUGCCAUAAAUGUUCACAUGAAAAUUUUUUUAAUGGUACUUUCGUAGUGGUUAAGGGAACUGACUGCAAUACUUAAGGGCCCAGGUUCAAAUUCCAGAGAAGGCAUGAAUAUAAAUUGUCUGUCCCUUCAUAGGAGAUAAUGGUGGCCGCCUAUUACGUGCCUCUACACUAAAAUUGCAACUACUUAGGAGUGGCCAAUGCUGAAAAAAGGCAAGUGUCUACCAUUCGAAAAAGUGUUAAAGCAGCCAGCACAUAUGUAAGUCUGGUGAAUUUGAAAUUUGCAUAUUACAAACUGGGUUAUUAAAUUUGCCAGAGGUAACAAUUAAGUAGGGUGGUCACUUUAAAAAGGAAGUACCAAAAAAUUGUUUUUCCAUAAUAUACAUACAUAUAUCUUUUUCUGAUGAUUUAAAACUUAUAAAUGAUGUUCUGUGUGCUCCUACAAUUGAACUGAUCAUUCAUUUAACCACUUCCUUGAAAGACUGGAUAAUGAGCCUUGAGUACAAAAUUUCAGGAAGUGUCAAACUUCUAGUAAUAAAUUUUUGAGGAUGUUGGUUGCAAAGUCUGAUGCUAAAGGUUUUCGGGAAAUUUGACAAAUUCAUAAUAUAUAGUCCUACUGAAUUAGUUAGCAUUCUUCUUAUUUAAGUAACUCUUAACAUUAAUUAAUUUUAAGAUUUCUAUGAAGAACAUUGCUCCUUAUGCAAUAGCAUACUCUUUUAAUCAUCUAAUUUAUUUUCGGGGAUUUGUAAAUUUAUGUCGGAGAAUUUAUUUCGAAGGAUUCAUAAUUUCUUAGUAUAACUUUUCAUACUGCAUGCUGAUUUUGUUGGAUCAUUUGUCAUUUUAGAAGAAGUAACAUGAACUAUAGCAUGAGUAUGUCACAUCUUAAAUGUUACUGUGAAAGAGCAAUAAUCUAUAGUCCAUGUUUUGUUAACUAAAUAGAAAACUUGUUGAAAUUCAUUAACAUGGUCUUUUAUUUGUCCAUCAAAUUGAAAAUAAGUUCAUGUUUCUGGACAUCACGUCAAAAGCCUUAUCCCACUGUAUAAACAGUAAUUUUUUUUUUUUUAUUGGUACGUGUUAUUACAGUAUCUGAAUUAUUUGCCAUUGACACUAUUGCAGAUUGCUCAGUGAUUUUCUUUCUUUUGUGAUUAAAGCCUGCUUUACUUCAUAUUUGUCUAUGAUUUGAAUUAUUUCCAGUCUCUUCAAGCUAAAUCAAAGGAGCAAAAUAUGAUUGAAAAAUGAGGCAAAAACUGUAAAAAAGUCGUUUUCUGCAUAACUCUGAUAUUUUCUAAAAUAUGAGAUUCUUUUCAGAUAUAAGUUAAAAUUUAAUUGCAACAUUACAUCAAAUACAAAAAUCAAGUAGUUGUUCAAGUUCAAAUAUUCAGCUCAACUAAUUUUGAUUAUGUUAAACGUUUAGGAUAUUGGAUUACUUGGGUUACAAAAAAUUGCAUGAAGGCUAUCUGCCUAGGGUUGAACAUGCCUUUGUGGAGAACUCUGUAAGGAAAACUUAUAUCCAUCUUAUGUAAACCUUGAAAACUCUCAGCCAGCCAAUUUCCCAGGAUUGAAUUGAACUACCAAUGUUCAGUGAUUUUAUCGAUCGAUCACUGAUGGGCCAAAAGUCUAGGGGGGAAUGUUUGUUUAAAGAAUCAAAUUUACAUAUGUAUUAGUUUUUAAUCCUUUAAAUAUCUGGAUUCUGUGAAGAAUAUUUUGCCACAUUCAAUUUCUUAUAAUUGAUUAUUUAUUAGUACACAUUUGAGUUAUACAUUUUAUAUGAUGGAAUAUUCAAGAUAUAUAAUUUUAAAUACAUUUUUAGUACAUUGAAAUUGUUUAUGCUCACACACAUACAUUGUGUGCCUUAUAAUAUUUAAAAUUAAGUGUUAUAUAUGAAGUUCCUGAUGUACCCUGUGGUAAGCUUGUAUUUUUUUAAACAGUUCUAUAAGUUUCAUGAUAUGAAAUAUUUAUGAUAAUAAAUGUUUUUUUCAAUUAUAUAAUUUUUUGAGAAUUUAUAUGUUAAUAUGAGUAACAGUAUUAUCUGUAAUUUUAUUAUUUUAAUUGUAGAUAUGAAGUUAAAAUUCUAUGGCUAAGAAUUUUUUAUUUUUUAUACACAUACAAAUUUUAUUUUUUGUUUACUUCCUGAAAAUAAAAUAUCAAACGAAUUAUGCAAUUUAAAAAGCCAAUUUAGUAAAAGGGAAUGCAUAUUAUGCAAUUGUGCAAUUUGUAUGGCCCCCAAAAUAUGACAGGUGCAAAGUUAUGUUUUUGUCCAAAAGAGGAUGAUUAGAAAAGUAAAAUAAUAAAAGUUUAUAUAAAUAAAAUCUUAUUGUGUAUUUUAUCUUGAUUGGAAAAAAAUAAACAAGUACAAUAAAAUACUUUUUAAUGGCA